AUGGUCGACAUUCUCUACUUCGCUCUUUCCAUCUUCGCUUUCAUCCACACGGUCGCCGCCCACGGCUACGUCUCCCAGGUCACCAUCGACGGGACCGUCUAUAAAGGCAAUGUGCCUGGCAAGGAUGCGGCUGCCAGCGCCAUCCGUCAGAUCUCGACAAUCGACCCCGUCAAGGGUGCUUCGAACCCGUACUUGAACUGCGGCCAGGAUGCCCAGCUUGCUUCCCAGGCCGCUAACGCCAACCCCGGCAGCAACAUUCUGGUUCAGUGGGUCGGUGGUGCAACUGGUGGGAACAACUGGCCUCACAAUGUCGGUCCUAUCAUGGCAUAUCUUGCCAAGUGCGACGGCGAGUGCUCUUCGUACAACUCCUCGAACGCGGAGUGGUUCAAGAUAAGCGAGCUUGGACUCAAGCCUGGCAACACUACCUGGUACCAGGCUGACAUAAUGGCUGGCGAGCCCGCCAAUGUCACGCUCCCUUCGAACCUUGCCUCCGGCCAGUACCUCCUCCGCCACGAGCUCAUCUCGCUGCAGCUCGCUGUCUCGGAGGGCGGCGCUGAGUUCUACCCGUCUUGCACGCAAUUGAAUGUCGGCGGCUCGCAGUCUGGUACUGUCUCUUCGAGCGAUGAGGUCAAGUUCCCUGGAGGAUAUAGCGACAGUGACCCCGGCAUCUACGUACCUGGCGUGUACAACACUCCCCUGGACAAUUACGUCUUCCCUGGUCCGGUCAUCCCUUCAACGCUGGAUAUCGCAAGCGGAAAUAACGCCGGAGGUUCCUCCGGAUCCGGCUCCUCAGGUAGCUCGAGCUCUGCCUCGGUUGCGUCCCCAAGCUCAACGCCUUCUUCCCCCUCUGCCUCCGCUUCUGGUACUGCGUCCGCCUCUUCCAUCCCCGCCUCUGCCUCUGGCACCGGCUCUUCUCCUUCCCCUUCUGCUACAGGCUCUACCGGCACCGGCACAGGCUCGUCGACGACCAACACGUCCUCCGGGAGCGGUUCAUGUAAGCUGAAGAAGAAGAGCGUCACCGAGAACACAGUCCAACGCCGCCAUCCAAAGGCGCUCAGCAGAAUCAUGCGCAACCUCCUCUGA